GGCGAGGGAGGGGAGGGGAGGAGGGACCCGCCCGCCGCGCCCCGGCCGCCGGGCAUGUGUGGCCGCAGGCGCCCGUCGCCGCCGCUGUCCCAGGGCUGAACCGCACCCGGGUGUCCGGGACGGUGUGUGCGCGAGUGUGUCUGUCCGCGCGGGCGAGCGCCACGCCGGCCCCGAGCCUCCCGCUCGCUCCCCCGGGCCGCGGUGCAUGUUCGCCUCUUGCCACUGUGUGCCGAGAGGCAGGAGGACCAUGAAAAUGAUCCACUUUCGGAGCUCCAGCAUCAAAUCGCUCAGCCAGGAGAUGAAAUGCACCAUCCGGCUGCUGGACGACUCGGAGAUCUCCUGCCACAUCCAGAGGGAGACCAAAGGGCAGUUUCUUAUUGACCACAUCUGCAAUUACUACAGCUUGCUGGAGAAGGACUAUUUUGGCAUUCGUUAUGUGGACCCAGAGAAGCAGCGGCACUGGCUUGAACCUAACAAGUCCAUCUCCAAGCAAAUGAAAUCUCAUCCACCAUACACCAUGUGCUUUAGAGUGAAAUUCUACCCACAUGAACCCUUGAAGAUUAAAGAAGAGCUCACAAGGUAUCUUCUGUACCUGCAAAUUAAAAGAGAUAUUUUCCAUGGUCGACUGCUCUGCUCCUUUUCAGAUGCUGCCUACCUGGGUGCCUGUAUCAUUCAAGCUGAGCUCGGUGAUUACGAUCCUGACGAGCAUCCCGAAAAUUACAUCAGUGAGUUUGAGAUUUUCCCCAAGCAGUCACAGAAGCUGGAAAGAAAAAUAGUGGAAAUCCAUAAAAACGAACUCAGAGGCCAGAGCCCACCCGUUGCUGAAUUUAACUUACUCCUGAAAGCUCACACUUUGGAAACCUAUGGGGUGGACCCCCACCCAUGCAAGGAUUCAACAGGCACAACAACAUUUUUGGGAUUCACUGCAGCAGGUUUUGUGGUAUUUCAGGGAAAUAAGAGAAUCCAUUUGAUAAAAUGGCCAGAUGUCUGCAAAUUGAAGUUUGAAGGGAAGACAUUUUAUGUGAUUGGCACCCAGAAGGAGAAAAAAGCCAUGUUGGCAUUCCAUACUUCAACACCAGCUGCCUGCAAACAUCUUUGGAAGUGUGGGGUGGAGAACCAGGCCUUUUAUAAGUAUGCGAAAUCCAGUCAGAUCAAGACUGUGUCAAGCAGCAAGAUAUUUUUCAAAGGAAGUAGAUUUCGAUAUAGUGGUAAAGUUGCCAAAGAGGUGGUGGAGGCCAGCUCCAAAAUCCAGAGGGAGCCUCCGGAGGUGCACAGAGCCAACAUUACUCAGAGCCGAAGUUCCCACUCUUUGAACAAACAGCUCAUCAUUAACAUGGAGCCCCUGCAGCCCCUGCUGCCUUCCCCCAGUGAGCAGGAAGAGGAGGUUCCAUUGGGCGAGGGUGUUCCCUUACCCAAAGAAGACAUUUCUGCCCCCUUGAUCUCUAGCUCGCCAGUGAAGGAAGCCCGGGAGUAUGAAAACCCCCCAAGUGAAGAGGAAGAUAAAAUAAAAGAAGAGCCCUUGACCAUCUCUGAACUGGCAUACAACCCAAGUGCCAGCCUGCUCCCCACCCCUGUUGAUGAUGAUGAGAUUGACAUGCUCUUUGACUGUCCAUCGAGGCUGGAGUUGGAAAGAGAAGACACAGAUUCAUUUGAGGAACUGGAAGCAGAUGAAAAUGCCUUUUUGAUGGCCGAAGAAGAAGAGCUGAAGGAGGCUCGCCAAGCUUUGUCGUGGAGCUAUGACAUUCUGAGCGGCCAUAUUCGGGUGAACCCACUGGUCAAGAGUUUUUCCAGGCUCCUUGUGGUGGGCCUGGGGCUGCUGCUCUUUGUAUUCCCCCUGCUCCUCCUCCUUUUGGAGUCAGGUAUUGAUCUCUCCUUCUUAUGUGAAAUCCGCCAGACGCCAGAGUUUGAGCAGUUUCACUAUGACUACUACUGUCCUCUAAAGGAGUGGGUGGCUGGCAAAGUAAACCUCAUUCUCUACAUGCUGGGUUGCUCAUAAAGUUCAUAUCUCAUGUGACUAAGGGCUAUAUUCAAUACUAGUGAUUUGUUUUUUUGGUUUUUUCAGCAACUGCCUGGUUCCGAAUGGUCAUGGGGCCAUCAACAGGUGUUCGUUACUCAUAACUGAUUAUUAAAAACUUUAAGUUAGCUUUCCAUAAUUCACUGCAGCUAAGUAAGUUUAAGUCAAAUGCAGUUAUUUUAGUUCUAGGUCAGGAAGAUGGCCUUUAACCAAAAAUAUGUUUAUUUUUUAGUAUACUACAGACAUACUCUUUAUCUAUUAUAUCAUAAUACAGAAUACAUUGCGCUGAAUUAGAUUUCCCCCUUUUUUAAUAGUUAGCACCAUUAUAAGGUUCAGAAUCAGAAUUUUAGUAAACCCAAGAGAAAGUUUUUGAAUAUAAUCCUUAGUGAAAACAAUGUCCUCUAACCGAUGCCUAUACAACUAAAUUUAUGCUGGGCUUUUGUUUUCUGUUUUUUUAAAACUAUUUUUAUGUGUUCAAAAUAUUUUGGUAAAUUUUUAGCAAAAAAAAAAAAAAAGAAGCCUCCUGGAGUUAUUUAAGUGUACAGAUUGUAAGACUAAUGCACAAAGGGUAUGUCGGGAAUUUUUUAAUGUUUUGGCACUGGUUUGUUUUUUAAAAUAUUUUUGGCUGAACAAUUACAUAAUUUGUUACCUUCAGAGGAGAUAGAAAAUAGGUAGAAAGACACUGUAGUAAGUAAGCUCUUAAAAUGGAUGAUGGAACUAGAGGAUGUAGAAACUAAGAACACUCAAGCAGAUACUGGGUAGUCUGUUUUUCAAAGUAUUUGGACAAGAGGACUUUCAUUUGCAUUCUGUCCAUAAUAUUUUGGUUGGGGAAGCAGAACGUUUUUAAAAGAAAGUGAAACUAAAGGAAAAAAGUUAAAAGUUAUGGUAGUUAAUUGCACAUGAUCGUACAUUAACCCAAGAGUGGAAGCAGAUGGGGAUGGGGCAAGUGGCAAAACAGGAGUUCUGGUGAGGCUGGUACGCAAGUGGUGGCAGGCAAACCAGCUUUUCUGAAAGCGGUGUUGAUGCAUGGUACUGGAUGAUAUAAUGUGUACUUACUGUUGAGUCGACACGAAUAUGUUUAAGUGGAUCUAAAUAAAAGUGGAGAAACUUUAAGGCAUAGUUUUUUGGUCCCUCAUGCCAUUCAUUUUGAUUCUGUGGAAGAAAUUUCAAAAGAAGUGUGUGUGUGAGAAGGAUGGGGGGAGGAUAUGAAAAGAAUGGAUUUUGACUUAUUGAUCAUGCUGAUGAUCUUCGUUUGUGUUGGCCAUUAUAUUCCUUUCCCAGUUUUCUUAAGAUCUUAACUCAUUCAUAAUUGGGGCUCCCGUUAAGAAAGUAGAAUGGAUUCAUUAGGCGAUCCACCAUUUCAGCCUGGGUGAAAUAGUAAAAUGACUCCCUAGCCAGAUAGCAGAGGGGACAAAUGUUCUAGUACCUUCCUUCAUACUAUUAAAUCCACAACAGAAAGACAAGUACUCUGCAUGGGGAGGCAACAGAUCCUACCAAUACUGUGGUAUAACUGAGAAAGAAAAGGGUAUGGAGUUUAGGGCAUUGGGAUUUCUCCUUGGAUUGAGAACAUUCCAAUCCCUUCAUUUACAAAGAGAUUGGAUGCCCAUAUUCUCUCCUAAACUGUAAUAGAUGCUUCAACUCUAUCAUGAGCCUGAUUUCCAAAUUGGCCAUUCCUGUCCUACUCAUUCAUGGAGCUCUGAGCACUGUAUUAGACAUUUAAGUUUGAAAAUAAGUUUUAAAAAGUCUGCUCAUGAAGCCUUCAGUUGAGCAAACUAUAAUACACAUUUGCUAUUAAGUUUGUAGGAUGUUUUCUCUCACGUGCUUUCAGUGAUUUAUUUUGCUUUUUCUUGAAGAAUCUUUAUUGCCUGAAAUUUGCUACCAAUUCUAUUGGUAGCAAUAGAUUUUCUAUAGUUUAUUUUGGAAGUUUUCAAAGGUUUUUACUCCCCUUUGUUAUGACUUCCAAGUCAUACUUUCUGACAAAAGGGUACCCAGUAUAGUCUGCAUAAAAUUAGUCCCCCUUGUCAUCAAGCUUAUCAUUUCCUUUGAGGUUCUAACCAUAACAAACCUAGCCCUUGCCCUUUUAAAGUAAUAUUAAAUAUUUUUUUUAAUCAUGGAAGUAAUAUAUUAUUGCCCAUCAUGAAACCCUGAACAAUACUGACAGGAUAAAUGCCACACACAAUCCAACCAUGCAGAUUUAUAUUAGGGAGUAACAAAUUACUUUUAACUUUUCCAGCUAACAUCUCUUUCAGGCAAAAAACAUCAUUAUUGAAUAGAAAUGUUUUUUAAGUGAAGGAGUUAACAGAAUAGGGUCCGCUGAAUUUAAGCACUAGCCACCAAACAUAAAACUUGGAUCCUGAAAUACCUUUUUGUCAGAAUGGCAUCAGCCUUUUAGAAAUAUCCACUUAGGUUUUGUUAGGAGACAGUCACCAGCUGCCUGAAUCAAAUGAGGAGAAAAGUGCUUCCAAAGAUGGUGAGUUUUUAACAUAGUGAGAUACAGAAUUCAAAGCAAGUGUGUGAGUAUAUGUAUAUUCCAUAUUAUUGGUAUAGAUGUGUUUAUAUAUGAAUCUGUAUAUAUGUGUGUGUAUUUUUAUACACACAACUGACAUGCCUUUCAUACACAGUUGUGUUUAUUUUUCCCCAAUUGAGGAGUUUGUAACAUAUUAUUCUUUUUCCCUCUCGGAUAUCAUGGUGGAUAAAACCCACAGUCUCAAAGCUUUCAAUUUUUCCACAGUUCAAACAACUGUGUGUACAUUUGUGGUUAUACAUACACACAUAUAUGGCAAAUACAUAUACACACACAGUCUUGUCUUUAGUGCUAAUGCAAGUUGAUCAUGAAAAAAAUGUAGGUAAAGUAUCGUGUAUUUCUGUUUGUGCUUGGAACAUACUGUAAAAUGUUAUGUAUUUGGAAUAUAUUUUGUGGUUUGUCUAAUAUUUAUAAAGACAACUCUGGGAAGAAUUCAAAAGUUGAUUUCAUUGAAAUACUAGAGAUACUGGGGCCAUGUGACCUGUGAUUGGAGCCUUAUCUUUGUAUAGUGAAACCUGCAUUUCUAUGUCAACAUCCAGAUUGUUUUAUAUGUUAAUAUGGUGGCAGGAAUCCCUAAUAAAAAUACUCUGGGGAAAAAUG